AUGGCCCAUUCUCGCCAUGACUCUGCUGCGCAGCUCUCAACACUGGGAAAUGUCUCCAAAGAAGAGUACGGCCAGAUACUGUCCACAUUCCUCUCCGAUAUCGAUUUCUACAUGCCACCGUUCAGCUACGACUUCUCCCUCGAAGAACCGGUAAUGGCUUACUUUGCACGUCAGCCUAACUGGCCUCCUCAUCUCACGGAAAAGGCCGUUAGCAUGGCCAAAUGGAUGUCCACCGGCCUCGGAAUGUGCUACCCGUUUGCCGAGAAAGACAUUCAAGUCGCAUACGGUAUCCACGCUACCUAUGUCCUCUUCAUCGACGACAUCAUCCAUGAGCUUGGGAAUGCUCUCGACGAAUUCGAAGCCCGCCUUGUGAGCGGCAAACCACAAAAGUCACCGAUCCUGCAAUCACUGGUCAACUUCCUGCUCAACAACGACACGUACAUGGGACCAUAUGCCGCAGCCAUGAAUACAAAGGCGACCAUCGAAUUCAUCUGCGGUUGCAUCAUGGAACGAGAUUAUGACGGAAAAGUUGUGCCGCCAGUCGGGGCGAAGAAGUUCCCCAGCUACUUUCGGGAGAAGACAGGCUACACGGAGCCGUAUGCGCACUUUUGCUUCCCUGAGGCGAUAUUCCCCGAGAAGGAUUAUUUGCAUGUGUACAUGCCAUGCAUCCAGGAUCUCAUCGAGUUCAUCAGCUACGCCAAUGACAUCCUUUCCUUUUAUAAGGAAUCCGUCGUCGGAGAUGAGCGUUUGAAUUAUGUUUGCAACAUCGCGAACACGCACGGAUUAGGGGCCGCGGAUGCACUGAGCUUGGUCUGCAAGAAUGUUACGGAAAAUGUUACGACUGUGCGGACGGUGUUGAAAGAGUAUCCAGAAAUGAAGGACACAGUUGACGAAUUCUUUCGUGGAUACAUUGCUUGGUACCUGAACCAGAAGAGGUACAAGCUUACGGAUAUCAUCGUGAAGGAUUCCGGGGGCCGGCUCUUUAGGCUAACGCCCACGGAGCCUGAGCUACUGCACAAGAAGAGAAGAGAGGAGGCAAAAGCAAUCGAAACGAAUGAGAAAGUCGCGCAAGCCACUGCUGUGGAAGUGUAG